AUAAUACCUUACAAUUAUAAUAACGUAUAUCGAAUAGUUUCAAUUAAUUAUAAUAAAUUAACCCAUUGUCUAAAUGAAUAAAUCUACCUGAAAUCUGCUAAUGCUUUUCUAACAAAGAAUAAUUUACAAAAAAAUCUAUAUUUAAUUUAUACAAUUAAACGAACUCAUGCUUAAUUACUCAAUUUUCAUUUCCAUGUACCGAUUAAAUUGUUAAAACAACCAAUCAGAAAAUGUAAAAAAAAAUUCCCUACUGCCGUUAUUAGACGAGGAGGGAGAGUUUAAAAAUGUCAAGCAGAAACUUGUUGCUGCUCUACGUAUUUUUUACGUUGAUAAAAACUUUAAAAUUUCAAACGGAAGAUCAUUUCAAUAUGGCAAAAUUUGAACUUUUACCAACUCAACAGCUGGAAAUGAUGGAUGGUAAAAAUCGUUACGAACUUUUACGUAAUCAAAUACCAUUGUACGGUGAUUGCUGGAUUAAAGCUGUGGAAGAAUUGCAUUUGGGAUGUAAACAAUUAAACGAAGAAAUACAAAGUAGAUUGGCUUUCUCAUUUGCCAGAUGUUUUCUUCUAAAACUCGGAUUGAAAAUUGAUCCCUGCCCAUCGCAUGUAGAUAUUGCAGAAUGCAUGAAGGAUAUGAAUGAAAGAAUUUUUACUUCUUACACUGAAUUUUUUACGCAUACUCAAAGUAUAUGCUUCUUCUUACAGAGCCAAGUUUGGCAAAACGAAGUUGAAGGUACUGUUCGUAAACUGUCGGCAACUUCGAAACGGUUGAGUUAUAAGUUGGAACUGGCCUCGGAGAAGCAAAUGGAAAUAUUAAAAUUACAGAGUGUCUCUCUGGAUGAACAGCAGAAAAUGUUGAAAUCUGGUAAUGAUCUUAAUAGCCAAAUUGAAAAGUCCAGAGAGAAUAUUAAAAAUGUCUUUCAGGAGCUUAAAUCUACUACUCAAGAACACAGAAUUUUAAUUUUUGAAGUCUUUGAGCAGAUUAAUAAAUUAAAUGCUCUUAUUUUAGGUGGUUUUGUUGGGUUUUAUACCAUAGUGUUUUAUGUAGUGUCAAUUUUUGUUUCAUAUUUAUUGACUUCCACUACAAGAACUCAAGAUGCUCGGUUAUGGUUAUUUAUCAUUAUGACUUUAAACUGUAUAGGAGAACAAAUAAUAUGUUCAUAUAGUAUGAAAGAGGAAAGUGAAAGAAAUAAGUUAUUACAAGAUGACGUAAGUAUUUUAUAAUUUUUAAAAUUCAUAAUAGUAAAAAUAGUAUUUGGAUGAAAUACAGAAUGUGUACAUAGAUACAUAGUUUUUGAUAUAACACGUGGAUUCCUUCCACUUUCAGAAAUUUUUUCGAAAAAUGGCAUGUUCCAUAUUUUUCAAAAACAUUCGAAUUAAAGAAUCCAGUUAUAACGAAAGGUAUAAAAAAGUAAGCCUGAAGAAGAUCCCAGGAGGGGAAUCGAAAACGUUUGCCGAUUUUAAAGAAUUUCGCACCGGUUACUGGUUAAUUGUAGAUAGUUGUUUAUUUGAAGUAUAUACAACCCGGUGUGGUGAGAAAGCACAUUAAUUGUGUACAUAGAAUUUUCAUUCAUUUUUUAUAAUACUUUCCAAUUGAAAACUGUGAUCUGAUAAGUCCUACAAAUUGAUAGUAAAUUCAAAAGUAGCUAUUAAGAAGAGUAAAUAAGCAUCUUUACCUGUCAUAACAAUCCAUUAUGUAUGGGUAUACACAGUGGCGUAGCUACAUAUUCAGCGCCCUGGAGCGAGUCGAAUCGGUGCACUCCUUGUUCCUCAGAAGAGGUCUGGCAAAAUUUAUUUUGAAAAUUUUAUUUAAAAACAUAUCUAAUUAUUUUGAUUUAAAAUUUUACUUAAUAACAAUUUAUUUGAGAUUUGAGGCAUUUCAACAACAAGGUAUUCAAUUUAAUAAAUCUUAUAAUGUAAUGAAGAUGGGUUGAUAAUAAUAAUAAUAAGCGCAGAGCCCAAAUGGUUAGGAGUCAAAAGCUGAAAUUUCGUACACAGUUAGGAUAUGUCAUGCCAAUGCACACUAAGAAGGGAUUUUUUGAAAUUCCCCCGCAGGUGGAGAGGAAGACGGAAUUACUUUUUAUGCAUAUUAUACAAAACGUAUACAUAAAUACCUAUUUAUUUUAAAAAAAAUUGGAGGGCAAUUCAGAUAAUCAAAUUUCUGGAUAAUUGGAGUUUUACUGUAUUUGUUAAGGAAGCUAUUCAGAUAAAUUUAUAUCCAGUCCAAAUUGUUUUUCUCGGAGCAAAAAAUUUAUACGACUCAGAUACUUUGAAUAAUAAUGUAGGGCCAAGAAGGGAUAAAUUUAAAAAUGAAAUUAACAAUAAUAUGCAAUAUAUAUCAUCAUUGUCUCCAUUGCCAUUUAGACUGCCGAGCCUUCAAUCAGCGACAUGUGGGAACAAUUGAGUCAGAGAUAGAUGCCUCAUUUACAACAACACAACCCGUUUAUUAUACAUGAAAGAAGCUUACAAGAUUCUCGCGAUCUUGGAAAUUCUAUGUCGGCUGCAGCCUCUGGGUCUUCCUCUCCUUUCCAAGAUAGUCCCAUUUUGGAGGAGUGUCCCUGGUUCACCAAUGAUCAAUUCCAUCGCCAUCUCGAUGACUCCAGGAUAAUGCAGUCGACUUCUGUUGAUGGAAAGAUGUCAAGAUGUCAAUCCAAUGUCAGGAGAUGGAAACGAAGAUGGGUACAAGACACACACACACAACAAUAGAUCCGUCACUUGGAACUUUCGGGAGAAGGAGCCGUCGUGUCCUUGAAUUUCUGGGGUUUUGUUUGUUUUCCUCCGAUUCCACUUUCCGAUUGGUCUCUCCUUGUUAUCUGAUGACAAUUCGAAACCUUUCAGGGGCACAGGAGAGGUCAAAAUCAAAGUUUAAUUCGAUCUCCAACCAG